UCAAGCACACCAGGACCUACCCAACAGACGCCUUUGGCUUGAUCGAGUUCCAGGGUGGAGGAUUCGUCAACAAGGCCAUGUAUAUCCGAGUCUCCUAUGACACCAAACCUGACAACCUCCUGCAUUUGAUGGUGAAGGAUUGGCAAUUGGAGCUGCCCACCUUGCUCAUCUCCGUACACGGAGGUCUCCAGAACUUCGACCUCCAACCCAAACUCAAGCAAGUGUUUGGCAAAGGCCUGAUCAAAGCUGCCGUCACCACCGGAGCUUGGAUCUUCACGAGCGGAAUCAACACCGGGGUGAUCCGUCAUGUGGGAGACGCCUUAAAGGACCAUUCCUCCAAGUCACGAGGGAAGGUGUGCGCUAUUGGAAUUGCUCCAUGGGGGAUUCUGGAAAACAAAGAGGAUCUCAUUGGAAAAGAUGUAAACAAACCCUAUCAGACGAUGACAAACCCUCUGAGCAAGCUGGCUGUUCUCAACAACAGCCACUCCCACUUCAUCCUGACUGACAACGGCACCUGUGGAAAGUACGGCUCUGAGGUCAAACUCCGCCGGCUGCUGGAGAAGCACAUCUCCCUGCAGAAGAUCAACACGCGUAAGUCACACAGUGCUCCUUCUGUUAUCAUGCAGUGGCACUUAAUGUACUAAAUGGAUGGAAGGACUCAGUAUUUUUGACUGUGUGUUCCAGGUUUGGGUCAGGGGGUUCCUCUAGUGUGUCUGAUAGUGGAGGGAGGCCCCAACGUGAUCUCCAUUGCACUGGAGAGUCUGAGAGACGAGCCUCCCAUCCCCGUGGUGGUGUGUGACGGCAGCGGCCGAGCUUCCGAUAUCAUUUCUUUCGCACACAAGUUCUCAGAGGACGGAGGGUGA